UGUUACAGCAUUCUGUAAAGGAAACUUACGUUCUUAUGGACUCUCUUGUUUGUCCCAAGCAGUCAACCAUUAUGCUUUUCCUCUUAGACAGCUUCAUCAGUAGACUCAAUUUCAUUUUGGUAGAGUUGAUGUCGUAUAUUUUGUUUUCCAGGUUUUAUUUGAACCAGAACAGUGGGACUACCUGUUGGACCAAUUUAAAUAGGAAUUCUACAGGUUAUAUGGCAUGACUUUGGAGCUUUUGCUGAAUAUUUAUUUAAAGGCUGGCUUAUCUGCUCUAAAAACUCUAUACUGUUGUGGGGAUGAUUGCACAAAGGAGGACCCACUCUCACAAGAAAGCUUCCGGAAAUUGGCAUUGCCAUUGCUAGAUUCAAAGCAGCAUCAUUCAAAGCUUGUAUGCUACAUAACUAAAGAGUUGAUGGACACAGAGAAUCCACCACAAGUCUUUCCCAAUGGCUAUGCCUAUAGCACUAAGGCGCUUGAAGAAAUGGCCAAGAAAAACAAUGGUAAAAUAACAUGUCCUAGGACAGCAUUGAUAUGCAGUUAUUCUGAGGUGGUAAAAGCAUAUAUCUCAUAAUCUUCAUGUUUAAAAGAUUGAAGAACUCAAAAGGAGUUUUCGUUGUUGGGGUCUGAAGUCAUCUAUGAAUGCCAGUGAUGACGCAGAGAAAUUCCUUAUGCACCUUUGGCAUCGGCCUCAGGACUUGCCAUAUAUGUACAUAUGCAAAGUGUUCUAACUUUUAUUCACUUGUUUCUUUUGAAUUCUGAAUGAAUAAUGUUCAAGCUGAUUCAUUAUCGUUGAAGACGACCAUUGUUGUGCAAAA